CACUGGGGAUUUGAUUGCAGCUGCUUCGCUCCACCCUAGCAGUCAGGCCGAAAGGUACCUACCUACUGUUGUCUCCUAGCCCGUAAACCAGGACAAAGAUGGCCAACCAACAAAACGUAGGCCUAAUCGUCACGGUUCAUGCUCCCAGCGAUGGGGAGACCCCGGCAAGGCAACCUCUGGUACCGGUAGUGGUAGCUGCCACGGAACAUCAAGCCACGUCUUAUACGCCGCCCUCCCGAGAGCGUAUUGCCGAAGUCGUGGAAGCGUGGGAAACUAAGCUCAAGAAUGACCCAAAGUGCCCGAAGAGGGGGAGCUUUGUAGGUGUCUUGCUUAGAGCCGCAUCCAGAGAACUGGAGCUGUACUGGGAUGGCACAACCGACAGCAACAAGACUUUCUUCCCCCACGGCCUACUGGUGGAGGUGUUAACCGAGGACCGAAUCCACGCGAGUUUAUGCUUCGAUUCGGAGGAGGCCAAGGGCUAUACCCCCGAAGAGUGUUAUCGACGGAUUCGCGGCAGUGGCGUACCGAAUGAACUCGGCGAGUAUGCGCGGGUUUUUACGGUAUUGCUCCUUUGCGACAUGCCGCAGGACAUCUUUGAGUUCUUCAACUCGAAGUAUAACAUAAACGACGAUGCCUUCCCGUUCAAACUUGGGAAAGACGGCUCUAGCAUCCGGUCUAAAUCUUGGCGCGCCGACAUCCCAAACUUUCAACCACCGUGGACAUCCCAAUACUACGAGUCGUUUGCCAGCCAGCAAUGGAGGGUUUUUCUCCCGUGCUUUAAGGACACGGAAGAACAUCAGAACUUUGACGGAGAUACGGUCAUGCCUUGGCAUGACUAUCACCCUCCGGUCAAUAGUGGAAGCUCGACGAGUUCAAGCUACCGCGGCACGGAUGCUCCGGCGGGCGGCAACAGUGUGGUGAGCCGAGUCUUCAUCCAUGACGGCCACUGGAGUUUCGAUAGCCUCAAUCCUGUGCCGGGGGAUCAGCGAGUGGUGACCUUUGCUGUCAAAAAGCUAGUAAGCAACAAAGAAGAGGACUUCAAACGUGAAGUUGCCAUGCUCCGCCAACUGGGCGGCAAGAAACCUCACACAGUCAAACUUCUCGCCACGUUUCGGCAUGGCCGAACUUACUCCCUGCUUUUUCCAUGGGCAGAGUGUGAUCUCCUCGACUAUUGGCGACGCGACUCUGGGUACCGAGAAAAGAGUCCGCCUUUGAUUGUCUGGGUCGCUCAUCAGUGCCAUGGUCUUCUUGAUGCACUACAUUGGAUCCACGACCCCAGCGGUACCGUCUUGGACCCGAAACAACAACCGCUUUACGGACGGCACGGCGACAUCAAGCCGGAGAACAUUCUCUGGUACAAGCAGAACGCGGAUGGACCCCACCCGCUGGCAUCUGGGGAGCUCGUCUUCACAGACUUUGGACUGAGUGCACUCAACCACAACCAAAGCCGGUCCAACGUCAAAAACGGGGAUUUUCAUCACACAACAACCUACGCACCUCCGGAGAGUGUUCUACCGGAUAACGUCAUUUCGAGAUCUAUUGAUAUCUGGGCGCUGGGGUGUGUCUACUUGGAAUUCGUCACCUGGCUCGUCGGAGGCCCAUCACUUGUGGGUGAAUUCCAAGCGGCUCGGAUGUCCCCCUUCCUGGGAUCCCUGCAUUCAAACGACAUCUUCUGGGAGGUGCAGGAACUCGAAGCUCCCACGGCUGAAAAUCAAAAGCAUGUGACGGUUGUCAAGCCAAAGGUUGAAGAGUGGAUCAACAAGUUGCGCAAAAGGUCCGAAGCCACAAAGUUCAUCCAAGACUUCCUCGACAUCAUCGCAAACGACAUGUUGGUGAUCGAGAAAAAGGACAGGGCAACGGUCGGUCAGCUACUGCCCAGAUUCAGUGCCAUGAAAACAAACUGUGAUCGAGAUGCUUCUUACUAUAUAGAUUCAUCAACAAGCAGUGGCAGCCCGACCGUCGCCCAAGUACCCGCUGCUAAAAGGCUCAGUAUCCAGACCCAAGAAACAAUCAGUAGGUGGUCGCGGGGGAUCCCCCGAUACACUGGCCGGGCGGAGGUGAGGCCGGAGCGGAGCGGAGCGACUCAUCUCAAACCGUGAGGGAUUUUGCCGGGGUAUUUCAUUACCUACCUACCUACCUACCCUCAUUCAUUCGAGUCCGUCGCAUUUCUCAUCAACCAUAUAUUAUAUACCACAUCAUUUUUCUUCCAUUUCCCCUCCACUUGAUGUUGCUUACCAGAAUCUCACUAUGACUGGCAAGGACGCUCCGCAGAUGUAUUUAGAAAUGACCGGGAGAUUGUGUAAAUUGUUUUGAAGUUGG